UAAUGACUAUCAACUUCAUUCCUGGAGAAGUCAACAGAACAGAAAACUCGGUGCUGCACGGACGAUGGAAAGACCACUACAUAAUUGUCUACGGCUCCGGUAACAACUUGGUGAUAUCUUCUCUCACCUUCAAAAACAACAUCACCGACCAUCUUCAAACCAUUUAUCUCGAAUCAGACCCGUCCUCCAUUGACUUCAAUGCAUCCAGUGGCUUUAUCGCCAUCUCAGUCAAAUCCAAAGUGCUUCUCCUUAAGCCGGUCAACGAGUUCAUGAGCAGGCCCCAAUGGUCUGUGGCGUUAGAGGUUUCUGCUCAUUCCACUGUCAAUUGCAUGCACUGGGCCCCUGUCGAGAAUGAAUUGGCAAUAGGAACAUCCGAUUCGAUUGAAUUAUUCAAGAUCUAUGAGGAGUAUGGUGCCCUCAAGUACCAUCGUCGAUGGUUCCAGACACAAGCAAUAUCAGUUACUGCUCUCAAAAUUACCUUCAAUUCCAAUAAAAUCGUGGUGCAGAAUGGCGACUAUGAUAGACUAUUGAAAGUGUGGUCUCGCAUUAACUAUGGAGACGAUAACACCUUGUUUGAGUUGACAUACCUUCCGCAUCCUGUUAAUGACUUCAUUUUGGACUUCAAAUGGCGCUUCAGGCUUUAUAGCAAAUCAUCCAAGGUGAUUGACGAAUCAAUGGCUAAUAUCAAGAAUAUCAGAAACUAUAUUGACACCGGCAACGAGGACUCAGAUACACUCUUCACCUUCUCUUACAAUAAAGUGUUCAGAGUGUGGUCUACGUACGAAUCUAGUGGACAUAAUCUGAUCAAGUGUUGGGGUCAAUUGGACUUGUCGGACUGUUUUGUAAACCAGACUAUUGUUGCCGUGGUGUUGAUCGAUAACUACUAUCUUCAAAAGACAUUAUUCCGCCAAUUGGAGGGCCUGACCUCCGAGUUGGCAAAUUACUUCAAAGAUCAGUUAUAUGAUAACAUCGAUUUGUUGCUCGUGGUGAGCAAUUUGGGUCAAGUGGCCCUUUAUCUGAUUCUGAAUGUGUCGAUGAUCCCGCCCAACUCAAUUCGUUUCGAGCGAAUUGAUACAAUGGCCAUGGAGUUCAAUAAGUUUUCUUUUCUGAGUAUCACAGAAUCAGUACAGCUGGAAGAUAUCCUGUCAGAGGCUUUCAAAAUCAGCUUAAAGCCCGUGGUAGUUCCAAAAAUUGCGUUGUUUGAUAAGGAUGAUGCCACUUUGAGUCUUUUGUUCCAUAAUCGGCUCAAAAAUACCUUGAAACUCAAUACAUUGAAUUUCAAACAGCUACUUAAACCGAAUACUCCUUGUAUUGGAACUAAUCUCGUAAACAAGUUCCAAGGUCAUGAUAAGUCCAUCAGGAAACUCAUCAAAUCAUACAAAUCGAACACCCAUUCCAUUCUAUUGUCUAUUCUGAAUUUUGCCAAAAACAACUACAUUUGGGAACCACUUACCCUCAAAAAACCUUCCAAAAGAACUAUAAUCACUAAGAAAUUCCAGAUUGAUUUAACCCUCGUGAACAACGACCCAAAUAAUUUUAUCUAUGACGCAUUACUCUUGAAUGAUAUCGAAGGUUCUCCAGGCAAACGGCGUCAUCUAGUAAUUUCUUUUGACAAAUUAGGAUUUCUUACUUUAUGGGACUGUAAUGAACUUGAACAUGAAGACAAAUGUGCUGAGGUGAUAUACAGCGAACAUGUAGAAGAUAAAGCUCCGAAGGUGUUGCAAUUGGUUCAAAUUGAGAAGGAUGAAUACUUGAUUGUGUCCAUUUAUGAGUUGGAUGAAGUUAGGUGCUGGAAGUUAAAACUCACAAAGGAAAACUCAAAGAAUAUCGACUUAUUUCCUUGGAAGAUUCAAAACUUGCCGCCAGUGGAAAGUCGUUACAAGAUAAAUAAAAUUGAAAACCUUAUUAACGACAAAUCUUCUUCUUUGAUUUCCAUAAUUGAAGAAGGUGGACAUCUAAGUAACUACUCCAUCAAGUUUGCCGAAAUUGUCGAAUGGGUUGAAACUUCCUCCUUUCAAACAAAUAUCAAAAACUGUUCCAAAGUAAUGGGUUCAUCUAUCAUCAAUAAAAUUGCAUUUGUUGAUGAAACGGGUUAUAAGCUUCAAAUUUGGGACUCUAAGGCAAAACUUCUAGAGUAUGAAGAGGAAUUUAAUGCUGAACAAGGUGCUGUUCGAGACAUUGACUGGUGUCUAAUAAGUUCUCCUGAUCGGUCUUGUCACAAUGUUCUUUUAUCGAUAGGGUUCCAGAGGUUUGUCAUGUUGUACACCCAAUUGAGGUACGACUAUACCAACAAUAUUCCCACAUAUGCUCCUUUGAAAAAGAUCGACAUCAGUGACUACACUUCUCAUGAAAUUGGUGAUUCGAUUUGGAUAAACAAUGGAUAUUUGGUCAUCGGAUGUGGGAAUCAGUUCUUCAUCGAUGAUAGAUGGUUCCAGCUAGGAAGCUCGGGAAGCAGUCUUAUAAAUAGUAUGACUAGACAGUUGGUUAGGGGGUUUUUCGAACACGAUGAUGAUGAUCAGCCUUCUUCACACGAGACUUCUAACCAAAUAUUCGACAUCAGUGACAUUGUGAGGCUUUUGAAUGGACCUUUACCCUAUUAUCAUCCUCAAUUUUUGAUUCAGUUAAUGUAUCUGAACCAAUUUGAUUUGGCCAAACUAAUCUUGGUGAAAUUGUUUCAGUGCAUUCGAAGUGGAGAAAAAAUUAAGUGGAAUUUGGGAUUUGAUCUUGUUGAUGAAAUAUUAUAUGAUCAACAAGCCGAUGGUCGUCAUUCAAUACUUGAAAACGCUAAAGAAGAAGAUAUAUUUUCUACUUUCAACGAGAACUUGGUUGACCUAUUGUCUGAGAAAUUGACGAAAAUAUCGUUACCAUCUUUAACAAGACACCAGCAAAUCACGUUGAUCUCGCUCAUCAAUAUCACCAAACUCGUGAAAAAGUAUGUUGGUAUGUUGGACGAAAACGGAUUAAGAUUCUUAAUUGGGUUCAAGUUGUAUCAGUCAUCUACCAGGCAAUCUGCACUCAACAUGAGAGACAUAAAUUUUGCUUUACACAGUCGUAAUAAGGAUAUAUUGGUUUCAAUAGUUGAAGAAGCCUACGAUUUCAAGUUCACCUUAAGUUUGGUUAAAAGCUUGGGUUUGGUCUACUGGAUUGACAAUUAUAAAUUACUUGAGAUUGUGGAAAACAUUGCUAAAAAUGAAUUCAAUAAUGAGAGAGACCCUUCCGGAAUAGUGUCUUUACUCUAUAUGGCAUUAAACAAAAAGAAUAUACUAGUUGGUUUAUGGAGAACCACUAGUCACAAAGAAAGACAAAAGAUCUUGGCAUUCUUAGCUCAUGACUUUACCCAGAACAGAUGGCAAGUAGCUGCCAUGAAGAAUGCAUUUGCUUUAUUGGGUAAACACAGAUACCUUGAUUCGGCCUAUUUCUUUCUUUUGGGAGAAAAGGUAUCCGAUUGUUGCAGUAUCAUCAACAGUAAAUUGGGUGAUUUCCAGCUUUCGUUAAUUGUAUCAAAAUUAUAUCAUUUUGUCAGAAGCAAAGAAUCUGAUACUCAACAGUUGAUUGAGACUUCACUUUUGAAAGAUGUUAUUGAAAAUGGAGAUAAAUGGGUCAAUAGUUGGUUAUUCUGGGAGUUAAAUCAGAAAGAGAUGGCCAUUCAAGCACUAAUAAAGUCACCAAUUGACCUAAUCAAAUCCUCCGAUUUGAACUGUCCUAACAACUACACACUUAACUCCGAGUCAAACAAGUUUCUCAAUGAGGAUCCAGCACUGAUAUUGCUAUACACCUCCCUCAAAUCCAAGUCAUUGAACUAUCAGCAAGGUUCGAUGUUAAUUACUCCAAAAGAAGAAUCAGAAUUCAUAUUGAAGAUCUGUUCGAUCUAUGAUAAAAUGGGGUGUGAUUAUUUGGCAUUAAUACUUCUUAGAAACUGGAAAUUUGACUACAGGAAAUUUGACAAGAUGAACAAAAUCAAUGUCAAUGGCUUUAAAGAAUUCAAAAUGGACAACGAUCCUCCUCCAGAACAGAUAUUUGAGGAACCCGAUAUGAGUGCUUUUGAUUUCGGGUUUUGAAAGUUAUAGAAACAUGUAAUAUACAAACAGUCAU